AUUGCAAAAUCACUGGUCAGCUGACUGCAUCCAAAAUGGAAAGAAAUUUAGAAAAGCAUCUAGACGAUACGUUCAGAUUGCCGGGUAUAGCUGGUGUGAUAUGCACAGAUGAACAUGGUCUUUGUCUUGGAGCCAAAGGAGUAGCAACCCGAGAGACAUCUGGUCACAUUGCCAACAUUGCAGAGAGUGCAGCCAGACUGAACCCAAACCUGCCACCUCCAGUCAUUGCCAUAGAGUCAGAGGGAGGGAGUAUACUCAUCAAGAAAGAAGGGACCAUUACUAUGGGCAUUUACAAAUCACCAAAUUGAACCACGCUACACAAGUAUAUGAACUGUGAAACCCAUCAAAGACAUUUUGUGUCAAAAAGAAAAACAUUUUGUAUUUGUUUAAUUCUAUUUUAUAAAUGAAUACUAGAAGUGAGUGUUUAGGGCUGUUUUUCAAAUGGUCACAUUGUAUGAAUAUCUGAUUGUACAUUUUGUAAUAUUUACAUUACUCUAGUUACACGCUUCAUGGAUUUGCAUCUCACCCUGGUGUUCAUUUCUGCUUGAAUACACGAAACAUGAAUCCAUAAGUGAUAAAAAGACAGAUUAUAUUUAUUAGACUGAUUUUACCAAUGUGCUUCAGUGCACUUCACCCUUCUAUGGUUGCAAUUUCUGAAUGAGUUUAGUUCCAAUUAUUUGUACCAUAUUACAUUCAAACAUUUUCUAUAACAAAAUUGUUUUUGAUCUUUAAAUUUUUUAAGCAAAUUAUAAUUUAUUGCUCUUGUAUUGUAAAUAAAUGAAGUAUUUGUGCAAUAAAAUGUAAAAUAUGA